ACAGUAAAAUCUGUCAGUCUGUCAGCAAAUUUUAUAAUAUCUCCUGCGGAGAAAAAAAAGCAAAAUGCUGGGAAAUUUCUAAUAAAACAGUAAAUAAAGUAGAAUUAGAUGAUCCGUAGUGAGGCGUGAGUGUCCGUGAAUUCCGUGUAUGGGUGAAGAUUGUGAAAAUAUACCCAAAGUCGCGUGCAAAAUUGUCCGUGUACGUGAUUUUUUCGUGAUAGUCAUGGCGAUAGACUUGUUUCAGUGAAAGUGCCAAAAAAACACAUUUUGAGCAUUUUGUGGUGCAUACUGCCCACUGCAUUGGGUCAUUUGAGGCCCUGUGUAAAGAUUGGCGUCAUGCCCAGGGCGUAGUGUGAUACAGUUUCGUGUCUUUUCCAUGCGUUUUCCGUGAAGAAAACACCCACGUCAAAUAGGAAGGUCUCUUGUUGGGAGUGAUAAGUGGGCUUUGGCCAGAGAGGUAAAAUUUCGUGUGUGUUAAUCGCGCAAGGUGAUAUGGCUGUGCCUCCACCACCUGCCCCGCCAGCGCCACCGCCGCAGCCUUUAGCAAAAAUUGGUGGUGGCUCAACGGGUGGAGAUGCCCGGAGUGCGCUAUUGCAGUCCAUUCAGAAGGGUACAAAGCUCAAGAAGACCGUCACUGUGGAUAAAAGUGCUCCCGUCAUUUCUGGGAAGCUCGUGUCGAACAAUGCAAGUCCAGCACGACAACCAGGAAGACGUCCGGAUGGAGUCGAUGGAGCUCCAAGGGCAGAUUGGCCCAAACUUGCGGGGAUAUUCGAGGGAAUGUCAUCAAUGCCAAAGCUUAAGCCUGUUGGUGCGAGGGGAGUUGGUCAAGUGAGUCCGGUGUCACCAGCGCGGGAUACGGUGGAUGCUGAGGCGAGCCGGAAUGAGAGGGUAAAUGAUAAUGUAGCUCUGGAUUUUAAUUCUGAGCUCACAAAACAUUUAACUCUAAAAAAGCAGAAGCAACAGCAGCAGAAGAGCGUUACGGAAGCUAAUUUGAAGAUCAAUCGAGGUCCUCCCCCAAAUCCGCCGCUUAAAACAAGCACACUUACACCUCCGGACAUUGAAUCUCCACGAGGGGGUUCAUCGCAAUCUCCGGAAGCGAAAAGACUCCAAAAUAUAAUUUCAGGGCAACCUUCAGGAAAUGGGGAGAGUUCCUCAGUUGGGGUAUCAAGUGGAGCUGUGGCCAAUAAAUCUUCCCUUUUCAACACGAUGGCCAAUCAAGUGCAUCAGGUGCAGAAACCAAAUCACGGAAAACCAAAUUUGGCACCAAAACCACCCGGAGCUCCACCAGGAGGUGCCCCUGGAAAAACCUCUGUGGCAAGGCAUCACAGCAUGAAGUCACCCAGAUCACCUCCGGCGACGCCGUCGAAUCUUGGUGGACCUGUAUUCCCAACAGGCAGUCAUUUUGGGACACUUCGAGGGACGCAACAACUCUUCCAAUCGUCACAAGAGUCCAUCCAUGUCAAUGGAAGGCCCUCAGGACGUCCAACUGUUGCUCCACCACCACGGCCACCUGCUAGUCGACCGCCUCCACCACCAGUUCGCAGUAUCUCCAAUACAAAUCUCUCCAAUCUUCCUACAAAUACCCUCUCCACCCCAAUUUCCGAUCCACAGACUACGUCAUCGUCUUUGAACAAUGUUUCAGCGCUUAAGGAACAAUUACGGCAUCAAAUCCCCGGCGGUGUAGUCAGACCCAGCGAAACCAAGGUUGUUACUGCGGUAAAUGGGAAUGUUGCACCCCCAUUGCCACCACAUAGAACGUGUCCAGCGCCUCCGCCACCUGUCACGCGACAAGUCAAUAACGCCAGUAACGUUCCUCCAGUUCCGCCACAGAGGCAUUCUUCCAUAAGAUCAUCAACAGGAGCAACAAUGAGUGAUAAUAGCGAGAGCAUAGGGAAUGGAAGGAUGGUGAUUGAUCUAGAGGCAAGAUUCGCCAUGAGAUUCCAUGCCGUUACGGAUUUUCCAAAGCCAUCACCAUUUACGAAUGCACCCAAAAAUUAUGCUAGCUCCCACACGAGCAGAACAUCCAAUGGUAUGUACUGAUGACAAAAAAAAUCAUCCCUUCACCGAGGGCAAAUCAUUUAAGGUCCAUUGCAUGAAUGGGGAGCAUGAUUCAGUAAUUCAAUAAUUUCUUAUCUUGUUAAGUGUAGGAAUUUCUUUUUUUUUGUUUUAUUGGUAAUCUACGGAGCUCAAGGAGCUUUUUAUGAAGGGCAUUUGAUUGGAUUUGAUGAGAAAGAAUUUUACAGAAAUUACAUGUCUGUAUUAAAAAAAAUUAACCCAUUUGACGUUAUAAUUUUUCAUUUGUAAUAAAUACAUACCUAUGUAUUCCAACAAUUUACCGAUAUCAACGAUUUCCCAAUAUAUUAAGAUUUAGAAUUACAAUGGGUAAAAUAAAACAAAAGAACUUCAUUUACAGCUUUACAUUAGCGUGCAUGGUGACGUUGUAACUUUUACAAUAAUUUUAUUUGUCAUUGUCUGAUGGAAGAAUAUGAUAACUUCUAUGUUAGGUAUCAUACAUUACUAAUAGGAUAGUCUAAAAUUUAUACAACUCGCUAUGAAAAUCAAAAAAAUUAAAUGCCCCUCAUAAGUUUACAAGUCGUGUAUAUUAUUAUUUUAAUUAAUUCCUUCCGCUUUAAUUUCUGAAUGCAAAUUAUUAUCUCUGCAUUUUGUUUGGUUAUUCACAAAUGUAUAUGAAGCCUUGUUUGCAAUUUAGUGCUCUUUAUUUUUUUUGAUUGCAAAAUAAUUUUUGCGUGAAAUGAAGAGCAAUAUAAAAUUGCAAAGAGAGUUUCAACUUUAAAAGUUAUAAUUUUUAGUUUAUCAUAUGUCUAGAAAUUUAUUUUUUCUAUAUUAAAAUUUUCAUGUAAAUAGUUGGUUGUUGCGUAGUUCUGUUUUCCUAUUUAGUUGGUAAAAAAAUGCGAUAUGAGUGAGAGAGAAACCCACAAUUUUUUAUCAUUUGCAAUGCAUUGCGAUAAAAAAAAGUUGGAGAAUCGCGCAAACAACGAGCCCCAAUGCCUCCAAUUCAGCAGCAGUGUUCACCAAAGCUCAAUGAUAUAAGUUACUUUUCGCGUGAAAUAUCAAAUUUCUAGAGACAUUUAGCACACUUUACAUGGGUCUGGUUCACAUUUUGGAAAAUACUUUGGAGAUUUACAACAAAAACCAUAUUCUAAACCUACCAUUAAAUUUUGUUCUUUUAUUUGUAAAUAAUUGGCUAAGAAAUUUUGGAAAAGGGAUAAGAAAUUCUAUACUUAUUGAAAAGAAAACAGAAUGUACAUAAAAAUCAAGUUUUUUUUUUCAUCACCUCUUACGUACAUAUUUGGUUUAUUAUUUGGUUUACAACAAUUCUUUCUUUUUUUUUGUAAUAUUUUUCUAGGGUAAGAAAAAGGUAUUUAACCAUCGAAUGAUACUUCCAUGGGAAAAGCAUUUUCCUUCUUAAGAAACCUACCCAAAAAUCACAAAGAAUAGAAGAAUACAAAAUGAAAGAAAAAAAAACCUAUAUAAAAAAGCCUGUAGGAUUCAUCGAAGUGUGAAAAUCCUCAACACUAAAAUGUAAUAAAGUUUAGAUAAAAAUAUUAGAAUAAAAUAUAAUAGCAAUUAAUAUUAAGUGAAAAAAAUGUUUAUAGUGUAGAUAAACAAAAAGGUAUUCCAGAUUGUAAUUAGUUUUUCAUUUAAUAACUUUCAUUAAAAUUUCUUCACAGAGCGACUGUAAAUAAUAAGAUAUGUAAAUUAUUUUUAGGAAAAAAAUGCGCAAAAAUAAUUCUAAAAGCACAUAAUACAAUUUUUGAAAUAGAAACAAUUAGGGAUUUUUAUGCUUUUUAUGAGAAAACCUCCAAUUUAAAGAAGCAAUAAGGACACCACGUUAUUAGAGAAGAUUAAAAAGAAUAACAAGAAACUUCCUAUCCAAUUUUGCAAUAAGAUCAGCUGAUGAGAAAAAUCAGCAAAUAUUUCUUUCAAAAUGCACACCAUGACGUCAGUGGCAUUCAUGGUGCAUUUAAAGACAUGACGUCAUUGUUUCGUAUUCAGCAACCAAGAAAUCCUGGUUUAAAGAAUUUGUUUUGAAAUUUUAAGAAUUUUUAGUUGCAGAAUACGUUCCUUUGUUUGCAUUUUUUAUAAAAUGUUAUGGAAGUUUUUUCAUUGAUUUAUUUACAAGAAUACAUGAGCCCCAAUAACCCCAAUUGAUUCAUUGAAUAUAUAUAGAUUUUCCAUAUGAGAAAUGAGUAAAAUCAUUUGAUAAAUUGCGAAACUUUUUUUUUCAUUCUUUUACAAUUUCAUAAUUUGGGCCAAGUAAAAAAAAAUAGAGAUUGAUUAAAAAAAAACUUAAGCUUAUUUUUUUUUUAAUUUGUGAUGAUAUGGAUUGCGACUUUGAGCUUUUUUUAAGCUAUUAUUUAUCCUAGUUUAAAUAUAAAUACGUAUAAUUAUGUCUAUACAAUACAUUUAUAUAUCCCUUAUUUUCAUUCGCUCUGCUUUAAUUGAUGAAACAUUAAACUGAUUCAAAAAAUUCCUCUUUCAUUUUUUUACUCUUAUGUAUUAUUUUUUUUAAUAUAUUUUAUUGAGAAGAAGGUUGUACUUAAAUAUCACGGAAGCAUUUUUUAUAUUUUUUUUUUGAGUGUUAUGUAAGAAAAAAGAUAAUAACUAGAAAAAAAUCCAACUUAUUGAACAAAUCAUACCAACUGUUAACCGAAAAACAUAAAAAAUGUGUGAGAGGAAUUAUUAAUUAAUUUAGGGAUGAAGAAGUAAAAAAAAAAAGUUUUUAUUUAAAUAGUUUAUAACUAUUAUUAUUACUUAUAUUGCCUCUUAUCUAUUACUAAUUGUUAUAUAUUUUUUUAAUAUUUUGAUGAAAAUAUUAUAUUUUCGCCAGUUACACAGACAUAAUAGCAAUUUGUAUUUUACAUUAUUAUUUUUAUUCUUUAUGGCGAUGUUAUCGGAAGUUUAUAAUAAAUUUAAAUACUAGUCAAAUGAAAAUGAUUAACAAAUAAAACAUGAUAAUCCAAAAA